CAAAUUGCAAAAUUGUCCCUUUUCCUUUUUGGUGCGUUGUUUACUUGUUUGUAUAAUCUCAUUGCAUUUUACACUCUCAAAUCCACGCAAACUCUAAAUUCUCUCUCCUCUUUCUUCAUCAUCUUUCUAUUUUUUAUUAAUUGAAUUGUUAAUCGAAUCCUCAAACCUCAGAUAUAUAAUAAUUGUAGACUGUAUCAUAUACUAAGAUUGAUUUUUGAAGAAACCCAAUUCAAUUUUCAAAUCAUAUGCUGCAAUUGGAGUGAUCCGAUCAAAUUACAUAAACCCUAACAAGGGUUUGAAAUUUUGAUACCCAAUUCAUUGAUUUUGUUGCAGAAAUUGAAUUUGGGGGUAAAAUUAAGUGAUCGAGAUGAACAGGGGGAGGAGUCCACCCAAGCAUCGCCAUGAUGGAACCUCCCCUUUACCUAUGGGGAUGGAUUGGAGUCCCCCUCCUAAGAAAUGGGGUGGUCGUGAUACUGUAUGGCCUCAUGAUCCUCGCUCUGGAUGGAGCUACUGUGUUACAAUUCCUUCUUGGGUUGCGCUUCCAAAAUCAAGAUCAAGUUCUUCAGAUCCUGUAGUGUUUUACAGGGUUUUGGUGGGUAUUCAAUCACCAGCAGGAGUUACUUCUACACGGGGAGUAUUAAGAAGAUUCAAUGAUUUUCUUAAGUUAUUUUCUGAUAUUAAAAGGACAUUCCCUAAGAAAAGUCUCCCAUCUGCUCCCCCUAAAGGUCUUUUGCGAAUGAAGAGCAGAGCACUCUUGGAAGAGCGAAGGUGCUCUUUGGAAGAGUGGAUAUCAAAACUUCUUUCAGACAUUGAUAUAUCUAGGUGUAUGCCUGUGGCAUCCUUUCUCGAACUAGAAGCAGCUGCUAGAUCAUCAUUUCAAGAAAGUCAGCAGCCUUCUGAAGCAAAUCCUUCUACAACUAGCAGUAUAUCUUCAGAUCAAAACCAUUCAAGUUUAAGCUUAGCUGCUCUUGCUGGCAGUUCAUCAAUCGCAUCAGAUUAUGGUAGUGACACUGCUUAUGAAACUUCUGAACUUGGAAGUCCUAGUUUUGGAAGGGAUGAUGUUUCUGAAGUCGGUCUAGAAGAAUUGACAUUGGAUGAAGAUCUGACAAAUCCAAUGGAAAAGAUAACCAAGUACAGCAUGUCUAAUAUUGACGAAGGGUUGUUGAUGGGAGAAAGUAUUUUGGAUCAAUUGGAAAGUUUCAAAAAGCAUAAGGUGCAAAGUAGACUCAUUGCAGAUAAUGGGAGUGCUUCGAAAUCUGUCAGUUUAGCUCUUGAUAGGGCAGGAAGUUCAUUUGGGGCAGAGCCUAUCAAGGCGGUCAACCAUGUACGGAAGCCUUCGAAUGAGAGUAUAGGGAGUGACUUGAGUUCGUAUAGAGGCGGUGAAAUGUCAAAUUCAUGGACUCCUAACUUAUUCGGGGAUGCAUCUCUUGACCUCCCCAGUGGAGCUGAAGCUUCUAGGACCAUGGGGAGUCCUAGCAAUUCAGAACUGCAAUAUAGUGUUGGAGAUAUAGUUCUACCAAGAGAUCAGCAGCCUAAAUUAGAUAGAAUUCUUAUGAUCAUGCAGCGCAGAUUAGUAACUGCGAAAACUGAUAUGGAGGAUCUUAUCACAAGAUUGAAUCAAGAAGUUGCUGUCAAGGAAUACCUUACUACCAAGGUCAAGGAUUUGGAAGUUGAACUUGAAACUACUAAAGAGAAGAGUAGAGAAAACCUCCAGCAGGCAUUGUCACUUGAAAAAGAAAGGGUUACAAAAAUGCAGUGGGAUAUGGAGGAACUACGGCAGAAGUCAUUAGAAUUUGAGCUCCAGUUAAAAUCUCAAAAGGAUGCUAAGUUGCCAGCAGACUCCAUGAGGUCAGAUGCUUUUCCAGAGAAGGAUGAAUUGUUGCGGGAGUUGGAAGCUACAAAAGACCAGCUUAAUAUCUUGUCAAAGCAACAUGAAGAAUUAGAGGUGAAAUCUAAAUCGGAUAUUAAGCUGCUUGUUAAGGAGGUUAAAUCUUUGAGAAGAUCUCAAGUUGAUCUAAAGCAAAAACACGAUGAAUCAGUACAGGAGAAAAUUGAAGUGGAGCAACUCUUACAGCAAGAAUUGGAGAGAAAUAAACUUGCUUUGGCUGCAAGAAGAAAGCUGUUGCAUAAUUCCCAAACCCUUCAGACUCGGCUUCUGGAGUGUAAUAUCAAAAUUGCAGAUGAUAAUUUUGCAGUUGAUUCAUCCUCAGUAUCAGAUGUUUUAGAUCUCCUUGCAGAUUCUGACCAGCAAAUUGAUCUUCUCUUGGCAGAGUCUCAACUAUUGGCUCCCGCCACUGACAUGCUUUCAAAUAGCGAAGAUUUGAAGGCAUUGGAUCAUGAGUUGAGGGCUGUGUUGAGAGAUAUAUUUUCUGACAACGCUAAGCUGAGAAAGCAGAUGAACUUUUUUAUUCGUACUGCUCUCCAAUCAGAUAGUUCUACCAAUGAAAAUGGUAAUCAAGGCUUAACUAAAACUGUUUUGAAACAGCUUUUUGAAACAUGAAACCGUAAGUACAGAUGUAAUUUUUACUCUCCCUUCUGUGUAGCAUGAGCAAUUUUCUUGGAUUAUUGCUUGAUUUAACCUAUGGCCUUGUAAUUUUUCCUGUGGUAUAUGAAAUACACGACUUUAGGAAGCAAUUCUAUGUGAAUACUAAUAAUGUUGUAUUAUCUCUCAUUUUAGUGUUUAGCACAUUUUUGUCGUAAUUAUGAAUGACAAUUUCAUUGAGAAAA